AUGGCAACAACAACAAUUGAUGGUAUAUCAAUACAUGAAGUUUUAAAAAUGGAACGGAUUGGUGCACAUUCACAUAUUCGUGGUUUGGGUCUCUCAUCGAAUUUGGAGCCAAGCCGAAUUGCAGAUGGUUUAGUUGGUCAACUUGAGGCUCGUAAAGCUGCUGGUCUCAUUGUUAAAAUGAUUCAGGAUGGUAAAAUAUCUGGUCGAGCCGUUUUAAUAACUGGGGAACCGGGCACAGGAAAGACUGCGAUUGCUAUGGGGAUUUCGAAAGCAUUAGGUGAAGAUGCUCCUUUCGUUACUAUAUCCGCCUCGGAAGUUUUUUCAAUGGAUAUGAGUAAGACAGAAGCUUUAAUGCAAGCAUUUCGCAAAGCAGUUGGCGUACGUAUAAAGGAAGAAACGGAGGUGUUGGAAGGUGAAGUAGUUUCGAUUGAGAUUGAUAGGCCAGCAACUGGAGGUGGUGCAAAAAUCGGUCGGUUGACUAUGAAAACUACUGAUAUGGAAACAAUUUACGAUUUAGGUAACAAAAUGAUCGAAAGUUGUAUCAAACAGAAAGUGAGUGCUGGUGAUGUCGUACAGAUCGAUAAAGCAUCAGGGAGGAUAACCAAGAUAGGGCGAGCAUUUUCACGAUCCCAAGAUUAUGAUGCUAUGGGACCACAAAUAAGAUUCGUUCGUUGCCCAGAUGGUGAAAUACAAAAACGAAAAGAAACUGUACAUACGGUAGCUCUACACGAAAUCGAUGUAAUUAAUUCUCGCACUCAAGGAUUUCUUGCACUUUUCUCGGGCGAUAUAGGUGAAAUAAAAAAUGAAGUUAGAGAACAAAUUAACAAAAAGGUAGUUGAAUGGCGUGAAGAAAAUAAAGCUGAAGUUGUGCCAGGCGUAUUGUUCAUUGAUGAGGUUCAUAUGCUCGAUUUGGAAUGUUUCUCAUUUCUAAAUCGUGCCAUAGAAGCCGAUUUAUCACCUAUUUUAGUUAUGGCAACAAAUCGAGGCCAUGAGUAUAUUCGAGGAACUCAGUUGGUCUCUCCUCAUGGAAUCCCACUUGAUUUGUUGGACAGGUCGUUAAUAGUGCGAACACAUCCUUAUUCAGAAAAGGAUUUGGAAGAUAUAUUACGUAUUAGAUCGUGCGAGGAAUCGGUCGAAAUUGAAGCCGAUGCGCUUUCAAUUCUAACGAUGCUUGCAAUGAAAACGUCUUUACGCUAUGCAAUGCAAUUGAUUUCUACUGGUAAUAUUUUACGAGAACGAAGACGUGGUGAUAAGGUGACGCCCGAUGAUCUCAAAAAAGUUUAUACUCUAUUUAUUGAUCAGAAGAGAAGUGAAAAAUUCCUCAAAGACUUCCAAAAUUAUUUUAUAAAUGAUUAA